CGAAAAGAAAAAGACAACCUCUUUUCAAAUUAAAAACUGUCAGACUUCUGUAAACAGCAGCAAUGAGGUUCAUCUGUGCAGUGUCCCUGCAGGCACAGAGCGUUGUGCAGUUCCCAUUCUCUCAGCAGCCAUAAGGAGUCAGUGACCUGUAAGUGCUCAUUAUGAAGAGAGAUCUGGUUUUCUUGGUGACUCUAAUUAGCCUUGCCUUCCUGUCACUGCUAAGAUCUGGAUAUCCUCAACACAUUGCAGAGGAGUCCUGCUCUGUUCAGAUUCUUGUUCCAGGCCUCAAAGGGGAGGCUGGAGAAAAGGGGGAGAAAGGUGCUCCAGGUCGUCCAGGCAGAGUUGGACCUCCAGGAGAAAAAGGAGAAAUGGGGGACAAAGGACAGAAAGGCAGCAUAGGACGUCAUGGAAAAAUUGGUCCUAUUGGUUCAAAAGGUGAAAAAGGAGAUAAUGGUGACAUAGGACCACCAGGUCCUAAUGGUGACCCAGGCAUCCCUUGUGAGUGCAGUCAGCUACGGAAGGCUAUUGGUGAAAUGGAUAUUCAAGUAGCCCAGCUGACGACAGAACUAAAAUUCAUAAAAAAUGCACUGCCCUCCCCCGCAGCUGUCGCCGGCGUGCGCGAGACCGACAAUAAGAUCUACCUGCUGGUCAAGGAGGAGAAGAGGUACAAGGAGGCCCAGCUGUACUGCCAUGGACGAGGAGGGACGCUGAGCAUGCCCAAGGACGAGACUGCCAACAACCUGAUUGCCUCGUACAUCAACCAAGCUGGGCUCACCAGGGUCUUCAUUGGGAUUAACGACCUGGAGAAAGAGGGGAAUUUCGUCUACUCCGACCGGUCGCCCAUGCAGACCUUCAACAAAUGGCGCAGCGGGGAGCCCAACAACGCCUACGACGAGGAGGACUGUGUGGAGAUGGUGGCCUCUGGGGGCUGGAAUGAUGUUGCCUGUCACAUUACCAUGUAUUUCGUGUGCGAAUUUGACAAAGAAAAUGUCUAAGCUGCUCUGCUCUUUCUCUGUUUUAAGAAAAAUGUUUAAGACAAUGGUAAAAGUUACUCCAUGUUUAUAGAGUACAAGUGAAAUUUUGCAAGUAUGCGGCGUCAGGGUUGUACAGCUGUAAAUACAGUUUAGGUAUUUCAAAUAUCAGAAUUUACCCUUCAGAAGGGAAGAGCAGUAAUAAGGCAUAGCUUGGUUGGCUUUUUUAUUUGUAGGAAAAUAUAUGUGUUUAGAUAAAAAUGUGCUUUGGGACUAAAUUUUGCCCUUACAACAGUUAACAACUGUGAUUGCAUGACUGUAAGGGAAGGCAGAAUUUGGCCUCUAGUUGUUAGAAUGGUAAGAAUUAGAUUCCUGAUA